GGUCUAGAUGAGGCACACUCCAAAAAGACCAUUGAUGAUGAUGCCAUGGUAAUGUCCACCCUCCCAGAUGGAUCCACAGCCUGGGUGUCAGCAGCAGCAGUGUGCAAUGCCUCAUCCAUUGUAGAUGAUGAAAACCUCUCCUUUGAGGAGUUUUGCAUAGCCUGCCCACAGUUCAUAGCAGCCAUUGAAGAGGCCGACUGGCCACAAGGCCAAGUUCACAUGAUGGCCUUUUUCUGGAAGAAUCUACAGAUCCACCCUUAUCAUUCCAUGUGGGACUUGCUAGCUCAGAAAGCUUUGCUAGUCUAUCAA